AACCAACUCAAGUCCUAAACCUUCGCUAAGCCUAAGACUCACCAGUCACGCCCUCUUUUCCGCCACUUCACGCACUGUGCCUCUUCACUCUCCUCUCUCCUCUCUUUUUUUGUUAAAUUUAAAUUUCCUAAUUUUUAAAAAAAAAUUAUUUACGUAAAAGUAUAUUAAAAAAAAAAACUAAAUAAAAAGAUAGAGAAAAACAAACAAAACUCACUUUGUUUUUCUCAGCCGGUGAAUAAAAUGGAUAUCAGCCGGCGGGCCCCGAAGCCGCCACAACGGCCUCUCACCACCACCAUGCACGACAGCGGGACCCUCCGCCGCCAACAACCAAACAAACCGUCCACCCCAAAAGCAUCGGACGCGUUGCCUUUGCCACUCUACUUGACGAACGCCGUGUUCUUCACGCUCUUCUUCUCGGUGGCGUACUACUUGCUCCACCGGUGGCGCGACAAGAUCCGAAACUCCACGCCCCUCCACCUUGUCACGCUCCCGGAGAUCGCCGCCAUUGUUUCCCUCAUAGCUUCCUUCAUCUACCUCCUCGGUUUCUUCGGCAUCGACUUCGUCCAGUCCUUCAUCUCACGCGCCUCUCACGACGCGUGGGACCUCGACAACCACCACAACUUCCUCAUCGAAGACGAACGAGAUCCCCGCCGUACACCACCGCAACAACCACAACCGGCACCACCCCAUCCUGAACCGUUGAUUUCAACUCUCUCCUCCGAAGAAGACGAGGAGAUCGUCAAAUCGGUCCUCGUCGGCAAAAUCGCUUCGCACUCGCUAGAAUCACAGCUCGGUGACUGCAAACGAGCCGCCUCGAUUCGACGCGAAGCGUUGCAGAGAAUCACAGGUCGGUCAGUCCAGGGUUUGCCUCUAGAAGGGUUCGAUUACGCUUCGAUUCUGGGCCAGUGUUGCGAAAUGCCAAUUGGGUACGUUCAAAUUCCGGUGGGUAUUGCGGGACCCUUGUUGCUUGAUGGGUUCGAGUACUCGGUGCCCAUGGCUACAACCGAAGGGUGCCUUGUGGCUAGUACAAACCGUGGCUGCAAAGCCAUUCACGUGUCAGGUGGGGCCACUAGCACGUUGUUGAGGGACGGAAUGACGAGAGCACCAGUGGUGAGGUUCGCCUCUGCUAAAAGAGCUUCAGAGUUGAAGUUCUUCGUGGAAGAUCCAGUCAAUUUCGAUGCUUUGUCUGUUGUUUUCAAUAGGUCGAGUAGAUUUGCGAGGUUACAAAGUAUUCAUUGCUCUCUCGCUGGGAAGAAUCUGUAUAUGAGAUUUACCUGCAGCACAGGUGAUGCGAUGGGAAUGAACAUGGUGUCGAAAGGGGUUCAAAAUGUUCUUGAUUUUCUUCAAACUGAUUUCCCUGACAUGGAUGUAAUUGGCAUCUCCGGAAAUUUUUGUUCCGACAAGAAACCUGCUGCUGUAAAUUGGAUUGAAGGACGUGGAAAAUCUGUUGUUUGUGAAGCAAUAAUCAAGGAAGAGGUGGUGAAGAAGGUAUUGAAGACCAAUGUAGCAGCCCUGGUAGAGCUCAACAUGCUUAAAAACCUUGCUGGUUCUGCAGUCGCUGGUGCUCUUGGUGGAUUUAAUGCCCAUGCCAGCAACAUUGUUUCUGCAAUCUUUAUUGCCACUGGCCAAGAUCCGGCACAAAAUAUUGAGAGUUCUCACUGCAUCACCAUGAUUGAGGCCCUCAAUGAUGGGAAGGAUCUUCACGUCUCUGUGACUAUGCCUUCUAUUGAGGUUGGUACCAUUGGAGGUGGGACUCAACUUGCUUCUCAGUCAGCUUGCUUAAAUUUGCUUGGUGUGAAGGGUGCAAGCAAAGAGUCCCCAGGAUCAAACUCAAGGCUCUUAGCCACCAUUGUAGCUGGUGCUGUUUUGGCAGGGGAGCUCUCCCUGAUGUCUGCCAUUGCAGCUGGGCAGCUUGUCAGGAGUCACAUGAAAUACAACCGAUCCAGCAGGGACAUGACCAAAAUAUCAUCUUGAAGAAAAAAAGGCGGCCCCAGCAAUUGAAAUGAACUAGAAAUAAAAGGAAAAACAGGCUGGGAGGAGAGAUAAAUAGAAGCCAGGUUGGGGAAGAGCAAAGCAAAAUUAAGCAGUUGGUGCCCAACUGCCCAUGUGAGAUUGCUUUUGCUUUCAUUAGUGUAUGAUUUCAUAUUCUGGCGACCCCGUGAGCUUAAAAGCGCCCCCACCAAAAUAAGUGGUCUGUGUUUGUGUCCUUAAUAGUCGCUUUAGUCUCUGUUCCGUGUUUGUUGUUAUUUGAAAUUAAAUGCUUGUAGCUGGGGACCAGGUGGCCUCUUUGCUCCUUAUGUUUUUCCUAUUGUCAGCUAGUACAAAAGAAUGGCGCCUCCCCAGAAAUUGAUUAGAAGAAUAGAUUUUCUAUUUUGGUUA